GGCGGGGCAGGCGGGGUAUGGUUUCCUGGAGAGCGCAUCUGUCUCCGUGCUUGAGGCCGGAGGGUUGCUGGGUCACUAUUCCCGGACCGCACUGCCAGGGGCUGGGCCGAGUACGAGAGCCGCAUCGCCUCGCUGGCACCUUCCAGGCUGCCUUCUGAGGCCUUGAACCUGGCCCCAUCUGGCGCUCCUGUUCGCCCCGCUGCGACCCUAGCGCCCGAUAUCCUCCCCGCGGACCGUCCGGAGGGUCCAGGCCCCAUUGUCCUUGUCCCCACCGCGGCCACAGGCCCCUUGAGCGCUAGCCCUCCCCACUCCCCUUCCCAGGCAGGGCCACCAACGCCUCCAGCAGCUGCUCUUCUCCUGUCUGGUCCGUGGAUGUGGUUGGUUACCAUGGUGAAGCUGGCAGCCAAAUGUAUCCUGGCAGGAGACCCAACCGUGGGCAAGACCGCCCUGGCCCAGAUCUUCCGCAGUGACGGAGCCCAUUUCCAGAAGAACUACACCCUGACAACAGGGGUGGAUCUGGUGGUGAAGACGGUGCCAGUCCCUGACACAGGGGACAGUGUGGAACUCUUCAUUCUUGACUCGGCCGGCAAGGAGCUGUUUUCUGAAAUGCUGGAUAAAUUGUGGGAGAGUCCCAACCUCUUGUGUCUCGUCUACGACGUGACCAACGAGCAGUCCUUCACCAACUGCAGCAAGUGGCUGGAGAAGGCUCGGUCACAGAUUCCAGGCGCCACCCUCCCAGGUGUGCUGGUGGGGAACAAGACAGACCUGGCCAGCAGGCGAGUGGUGGAGUCGGCCCAGACCCGGGCAUGGGCACUGGGCCAAGGCCUGGAAUGUUUUGAAACAUCUGUGAAGGAGAUGGAAAACUACGAAGCCCCCUUCCACUACCUGGCCAAGCAGUUUCACCACCUGUACCGGGAGAAGCUGGAGGUUUUCCAGGCGCUGGUGUGAGGGGCUGCCUGGACCAUUCCCCGCGAUGGAACCUGGCCGCGGGCUCCAUCUCCUCGGAAGAUGGGAGAAGAUGGAGUUGCCUGGGCACUUCCAAUCUAUCGUGACAGCUUUAAAUAAAACGAGGAGAAAAAUGGAGAA